AUGGAUCCCGAAGUACAGGGCAUCCUCACCCAGUUCAAGGAUUUAAAGUCUACCUCUGCUCGCCGGGCUGUGUACCAUCUUCUUCUGGAGCAGAUGCACCCUGAUGAAUGGCGUGAUGUGCGUGAUCGCAUGAACCAAGUUUCCUUUCAAAAAGACAUCCUGGGCAGUCUACCUACCGAGGUUGCUGUGCAAAUUUCCAGACAUCUAGAUUUGUCAGAAAUCCAUACUUUCCGAAGAGUUUCCAAGCGAUGGAAUUGUCUGCUAUCCUCCAAGCUAUUCCGUGAUGCUGUGUGUCUUCGAUAUGUCGGACAUAACUGCAGCUCCAUUACACUAGAUUCUCCAGAUGCAUUUACACGAUAUGCCAAGCAGCGUGUUCGUUUGGAACGUGGACAGCCAAUCUCUAAAGUCCUCAACUGUCCGUAUUCUCCGAUGCCAAAUGUGACAGGCUUAGUUGGCCUUGACUUUUCGCAUGGAAGCUAUGCAUGGAUUGAAGAUGCGAUGGUAUAUGUCCAUAACCUCCACUUGAAUACGACUCAGAGCUUCUGCACAGAAAACCGAGAUACAUUCGCUGCACUGAUGCUGCAGAUCCAUGUUCUCCGGGACUUAAGAUUCUGUCAUGUCUGGAGCCUUCAAACCAACGAUUCGGCGUACUUCCGACUGCCAUCGCUGCACUGGAAAUGCUUUGUUGUUCGUAAUAUGAAUGUCGUCAUGGCGUUCAAAGGCACCACAGCCAGCGGACCGGAGUGUAUUAUACACUGGCAGCUUGACAGUCGCGUUACUCAUACGUUUAAUAUCGCAAAGAAAACAGUAUAUAUAGAUGUGAACCCUACUGCAGGUACUUUGAUAACGGUUCACCUCGAGGAAACCGUGGGUCCUGAUACUCUCAUUGCACAAUUGCGUGUCAAUAAAUAUUCACUCAAGGAAACUGUUGCCAUUCGUCCCCCAUCUUAUACGGUGGCACUAUGCUCAAUCGCAGACCCAGCCUGGCACGUGGAGAUAGAUGACGCUUUGUCCUCCACAUUUGGAAAUGCGAUGGGGAUCUUAACAUUCGGGCGAGGCGGUUGUCUAACAGAAACGCCCGGUGACAUUGCCGCUAUCGCCUACAAUCAAGAAACUGACAGGGUUAGCGUAAAUGUGGUGUCUACAGAGAAUACGCUGUUCAUUCCUAAUCGCCCACCGCCCUGCCAGGUGUAUCAAUCCCCAGUUACCGAGGGAGGCGUCAAACAGGGUCUAUUCGCAUGGGACUAA